CCAACUUCUCCCCAACUUUGACUGCAACUCCAACUUCAUCGCCAUCUUCAUCUUCAACCUCACCGAUUUCGACAUCCGCUUCAGCAUCUAAGCCCGCUCUAGAACUAGCUUCAGCAUCAAAAUCAAUUGGUCGGCAUCAUCACGGAAUCCAAAAGGAGCCGCAGGAACCGGACCACGCAUACUUCCAGCCCAGGCCCCAGUAUCUUCGAUCAGCAUGCCAAAGACCAAAGCAAUUCCCGACCCUCUUGCGGAGGAUCGCCAACGCACCCAAACCGUACCCAAACUGCCUAGAACCCAAGAGGUCGUGAAUGGUCCCAUGGUCUCGACACCAGCCCCAGCAACGGCUGGCGACGGUGACAACAUGACAGUCAUCAACAGCGACGGAACUACCACCACCUACACUGCCUCUGGAAAGCUGCUCGACGGCGAACAACAAAGGACCAGCGAGGAGGCCAAGGCGAUCACCGACAGCGACAGGGCAACCGCCAAGGGAUCUCCCAGCGUUCGUUCUAAGAAGAUGGAGAGGAUGAAGCGCAAGCUCGAAAAUAAGAAGGCCAAGUCGGCACGUCACCAGUCAACUAAUCUCCUUGAUCUCCCGAAUGAGCUCCUCUUCAACAUAUUUAGCCAAAUGCGUCCCAGUGAAGUCUUGGGAAUUCUCCACAUCUGCAGGGCAUUUCACGAUCUGGUCCAGCACAGCGAGGCCCUACUCUCCCGCCACAUCGUCUCAGCGAGAUACCCCGUCCUCGCAAAAUGCUUCAGGCUGCCCGUCAGCCUAGACGAUAUUGACCCAAAGCUCCAUGUCGUCCUGCAGUACGAGACCAGAAUCCAGAUGCUCGGCAUCCACCGACGAUACCAACACAUCCCCCAGCCUGACCCCUUCGCUGCCUGCACCUGCCUGACCUGCGUUCUACGAUGGCAAGCUCUCUUCACCAUCAUCGAUUUCAAUUACUGGCAGGAAAACCUGGCUUCUGGAAAGCCAAUUCCCGUCAUCCCCCGCGACCAAAUCCCCGAGUGGAACAAGACGCUCAAGGAGCGGACGGCCAGGAUUGUUCUGAGGGCGCUCAAGUCCCCACUCAUGUACGCCCGCAUUCUCGAGAUGCACCUCAUGAAUACGUGUGCGGCCAUCAAGCGGCAGACCGAGAAUAGGGGUAACCGACGCCGUCACUUCACCAUGACUCAAGCAGAUGAGGACUCUGGCACCGACAGCUUUCUCGAACAGGAGGGUCCCUCUACAGCCGACAUGCCCUUCCAGCGGGACGGCUACGACCUGCUCGAGGUCUUCCUCCCUACCCGAACCUGGCUUAAGAAUGAAACCAGGUGGGCGUACAUGCCAGCCGACAUCCAUGACAGAGACUUGGCAUGGGCUGCAAAGAGGUGGAAUCCCGUGUUCGCAGCCGAGCCAAUCCCGAAAGAUAGCGAGGUCUAGCAGAGAGUCGCCAACGAUGCUCGGUUCAAACGCGCAAACAGUCGCAAGUAUCUAUAUAGCGCCGACGGCUGUAUAAUCCGUCCUUAUCAAGCCACUGAGAAAGACUUUUCAUAUGUGGUGCCUAUGCAUCGGGUUAAUGGCAGGCUUGUGCUUUGGCAAGUUCGUUCGUCUGGGAAUCAGAAUCAUGCCCUCGUCCGCGAGGCCGAAAUUGCAAAGCUGAAGAUUCGGGCCCGCCGAUGUAGGGCCCAGGAAUUCAGGCAGUGUGUCGAGAAUAUCCACUUUUUUGAUUUGUACCCCGAGAGGUUGCCUGACUUGGGAUUGCUUUACAGGUGGUCCGGACCUUGAAGGAGACAAAACUGUUGCAAGGAGAAUGUAGUCUCACAGCGUCGAGGAAGCAUGGUCUUGGAGUAGCCAUACACGAG